AUGAUAAGUAAAUUUUCUUUGGACCCAAUUCACCUCAUUGAUUUGAGCGUGACAAAGAAAUGCUUGACAUACUUCACAAAAACUCAUUAUCAAGGCCUUAUUCCUGAUGAUAUUUAUGAAGAGAUAUUACGUCUUCACAUUGGUUAUAGCAUUUUGUCGAGCCCCAAACAUGCCAAUGAAUUGAUGAAUAUUGCUGAUGAACUCCUUAAGCUGUUUGUGGAAAAUUUUGGCCAAAUUUUUGGAGACGCGACCGUUACAUUUAAUGUUCAUAAUUUUGUUCAUUUAGCCAAAUGCGUGAAUGAUUUUGGCAUAACAUCAUCUUUUUCGGCCUACAGUUUUGAAAAAUUUUCAUACCAAAUCAAACGAAAAAUAAGAAAACCCACAAAAAAUCUUGGAGCAAAUUAA